AUGGGCAAAUACGCAUUACCCGAUGGUGAAGAAAAAAGAAAAUACCCAGAGAUGGGCAAAUACGCAUUACCUGGUGGUGAAGAAAAAAGAAAAUACCCAGAGAUGGGCAAAGACGCAUUACCCGGUGGUGAAGAAAAAAGAAAAUACCCAGAGAUGGGUAAAUACGCAAUACUCGGUGGUGAAGAAAAAAGAAAAUACCCAAAGAUGGGCAAAGACGCAUUACCCGGUGGUGAACAAAAAAGAAAAUACCCAGAGAUGGGCAAAGACGCAUUACCCGGUGGUGAACAAAAAAGAAAAUACCCAGAGAUGGGCAAAGAUGCAUUGCCCGGUGGUUGA